AAUAUAAAUAAACGAUAAACAAUUUUCAAACCGAGCAAACUUAUAUCAGUCAAACAUUUAAUUCAAUACUGCCUUGAAAAUGUCGCAGGAAGCACCAUUGGACGACUUUACAGAUUUUGAAAAUACGCUACAACAGAUUGAGGCGAUAUUGAAAGAAGGCGGCGAUGCGCUCACCGAAGAACAAACUCAAACCAAAGUUAAAACUCUAGAAGACUUUGAGAAACUUGAUGUGAACAACGUCAGCCUGAAGGUGCGCGAGGAUCGCACCUUAAUCAACAAGCGUGACACGCCAGAGAAGCCGCCGCCUGGACAUGGUGCCACAACAGAUCAGGCAAGCUUCAUGCGCGAGGUAGAGCGUGAUGCCAAUGAUCGUGCUCAGGCGCGUGCCAAGCGCGAAAAUGAAGCUGAGCAGCAGCGCAGUCAAGGUAAUGAGGCUUUUCGUAAGGGCAAUUAUGAGAAGGCCAUACUACACUACAACAAGGCAGUGGAGCGUGUUAAGGAUAGUGCUAUUACUUAUAACAAUCGCGCCUUGUGCUAUAUUAGACUGCGCAAUUACAAACGCGCCUUGGUGGACUGCCAGUAUGUGCUGGAUAAACUGCAGGAGACAAAUCUGCGUGCUUGGCUCUACCGGGCUAAUGCCUACAAGCGUCUGAAUGACUCCGAGCUCUUUGAGCAGAGCGUGGCCAAGGCGCGUGAGCACAAUCCACAACAGUUGGCCUAUAUAGACAAGUACAUUGCUCAGAUCGAUACGGAAAAUUAAUUUGCAUUAAAUAUAUAGUAUACAUAUCGCAAUUGUCAUGUUGGCACUUACUCAGCAUUAGCAUUACGCCCAGAAAUGAAACGCAUGAAUAAAGGAACGGCAGAUGCACGCUGCCCAAGUCUGUGAAGCGUAAA